AUGGCAACUGCUCAUAAGACCACCAUGGUCACGGCCUCGCCUGAACAAUUCAUGAAGACCUCGGGCUCGACCGAUGCCGUCUGGGUUCACACCGAGCCUUACAGCAACCGCCCUCAUUACCCUCGUCUCAAUCAGGAUCUGGAAACAGAUGUCUGUGUCAUCGGCAGCGGUAUUGCAGGUAUCUCCACUGCCUACGAACUAGUCAAGAAGGGCGUUCAGGUCGUCAUGAUCGAGGCCCGCGAUAUCCUCUCUGGAGAAACUGGACGUACCUCUGGUCAUUUGUCAAGUGAUAUCGACGAUGGCUACACCGAGGUCAAGUCCAAGCAUGGCGACAAUGGCGCUGUUAUGCACUUUGAGAGCCACGACUGGGCCAUCAAGCGCGUUGGUGAGAUCUCGAAGGAGCUUGGCAUCGAAUGCGAGUAUCGCAACCUCCCUGCCUACAACGUCUCACAAUACCCUCGUGGCGACAAGCACCAUGAAGACGACGUCAAGAUGCUGAAGGAGGAGAUUGCCUACUCCAAGACGCUUGGUAUGGAUGCAGAGUGGAAGGAAGGCUACGCCAUCAAGGGAUGGGAUGGCAAGGUUGACCAACGUGAUGCUGCUGUCUUCUACAACCAGGGUACCUUCCACCCAACAAAGUACCUUCUCGGCAUUCUGAAGUGGCUCUCACAACAACCAAACUUCAGCUGCUACACCCGUACUCGCAUGAUGGAGUGCCAGGAGAAGGGCAUUGAAAUCAUGGGCUUCGGAUCCAAGGAGGUCAAGGUCACCACCGAAGAGGGCAAGACCAUCAGCUGCAAGGAUGUAGUCAUGGCCACAUGUGUGCCUCUCCAGAAGCUCAGCGUUGUCGCCGAGAUGGAAUACCACCGUACCUACUGUAUUGCCGCGCGCAUCCCCAAGGGCUCGUACGAGGAUGCUCUCAUCUACGACACAGCUGAGGCCUACAAGUACAUCAGAUUCACCGAGUGUGACGAAAAGGACGACUACCUGGUGAUCGGAGGCUGUGACCACAAGGUUGGUCAGCACGAAAAUGAGAAGGAGAACUACGAGGAACUGGAGAGAUGGACACGCGAGCGCUUCACCCAAGUCGGAGCCACCGACUACAAGUGGAGCGGUCAGAUCUUCGAGCCUGUCGACGCCGUCGCUUUCAUCGGUCUAGAUCCUGGCACCAAGCACACUUACAUUGUUACCGGAGACUCAGGAAACGGAUUGACCCAUGGUGUCAUGGCUGGUCGCAUCAUCGCAGACCAGAUCACUGGUCAGGAGAACGCCUGGGCUUCCCUGUAUGAUCNNCCCUCACGCAAGGCCAGCAUCGUCAAGUCGGCAAAGGAGAUGAUCACACACGACCUUCAGAUCAACAGCCAGUACAAGCGUUUGGUGCAAUCAGACAUCAACGACAUCGAGGACUUGCUUCCUGGUACUGGUGGUGUACUCAACUCGAAGACCAGCAAGCCGAUUGCUGUGUACAAGACUGACAGUGGUGAAGUUCGCAAGAUGUCAGCACUUUGUCCUCACAUGAAGGNNGGAGUCGUUUGCUGGAACCACGCUGAAGGAUCAUGGGAUUGCCCGAUCCAUGCUUCGCGCUUCUCCAGCGAUGGUGUUUGUGUUAUGGGCCCUGCAAAGGGUAACCUGAACCCCGAGAACGAGGAGGCCAAGAAGGCUCUGCAGCAAGCAAUCCAGGGAUGA